GACUGAAUUGUGCUUCAGAGGCAUGAAGAUCCACCACAUCUGUGUGAGACCCAGCAGAUGAUGCACUCACCUCACUUGAGGAGAAGAAAGAUGAGCACAGCAUCUGCUUAAUGACACGUGGCCUUUGCAGCUUCUUGUUUUGCUGCCUGCCACAUGCACUCAGACCAAGAGGAGCAGCGUCUGGAGCAGCGUCUGCAUGCUGGGGACACCCUUGAAGAAAGAGAGGUGUGAAGCCAGUUGCAGUGCUAGGAACUUAUGAUUGCUUCAAUUUGGCAGAAAACUCAGGAAUUCUACAACUGGGUCCUUGAAAGUGGAGAUCCAAGGACAGACUCAUGGCCCUUGGUCCACUCUCCACUUCCAGUCACACUUCUCUUUGCCUCCUACCUCUUUACUGUGGCAUUAGGGCCCAUCUACAUGCGUCAGCAGAAGCCGCUGAAGCUGCGAGGCCUGCUGAUUGCCUACAAUCUAGCCAUGAUGGCAUUAUCAAGCUACAUGUUUUAUGAGUUUCUGGUAACUUCAGUGUUGGACAACUAUAGCUACCUAUGCCAGCCAGUGGAUUACAGCCAAAGUGAACUAGGAAUGAGGAUGGCAAGAGUGUGUUGGUGGUUCUUCUUCUCCAAAGUCAUCGAGUUGCUUGAUACGGUUUUCUUCAUUCUGCGCAAGAAACAAGAACAAGUGACUUUUCUGCACGUGUACCAUCAUGGCACUAUGCUGUUCAACUGGUGGUCAGGGGUCAAAUAUGUGCCUGGAGGACAAGCCUUCUUUAUUGGGAUGCUAAACUCCUUUGUACACAUCUUCAUGUACGGCUAUUAUGCCCUUGCCAGCCUGGGACCACGGAUGCACCAUUACCUAUGGUGGAAGCGUUACCUAACCAUCAUGCAGCUGUGCCAGUUUCUGGCCAUUGCCAUUCAUUCUUCCUACAACCUCUUCACAGAAUGCCCAUUCCCCGAUGGCUUCAACGCUGCAGUCUUCCUCUACAUUCUCAGCCUCAUUGCUCUCUUCCUACACUUCUACUAUCGGACCUACAUUAGGGGAAAGAGGGAGAAGCUAACUUAAAGAAAAUCAGAGGAGAGUGAGCACAGUCUGAUGAACUUGCACAUUCUCUGCUGCUUCUGAUGAUUGCAUGAAGAAAACGUAUUUGGGGAAUGUGCACAAGGCUCUUUUGUGCAGACUCACAGUUGCUUUCAAAUAAGUUAGGAAGAAAAAUAGAAUGACAUAAACUCAGGGACUGAGGUGUAGAGAAGCACACAAAUGAAACUGAUACAAAGCCAAGCCAAGUAGUAAUUGACAUAGCAGUCUUUGUGAAACUAACACCAGAAGAUCUCUUCCUUUUCUUCUAUCUGUUUGCUCAGUUUCAAGGUCCAGCAGCCAGCCAUAGCUAAUUUUGUAGUCUGUAGAGGGUUUCUUUGCAUUUAUAAGAUUAUCUUAGAGUAAUAAUUCUAGAUCUGAAGGCUAGUCCAGUU